AUCUGCACCGGAAGUGCCUUGCUGCCGAUGUGGUACCUACUGACUGUGGUUACGGUCGUUUUCCCUUGUUUCCCUGGCUGGGUAUCUUGAUCGCACAAUGGCGACUGGUGGGGUGAGUGAGGAGGACCCUGGAUGAGGAAGGAUUUGACAGCAUCUCACCAUCCCUCUGCAGCCCAAGGGCAAAGUGGGCACAAGAGGGAAGAAGCAGAUAUUUGAAGAGAACAGAGAGACCCUGAAGUUCUACUUACGGAUCAUACUGGGGGCCAAUGCCAUUUACUGUCUUGUGACCUUGAUCUUCUUCUAUUCAUCUGCCUCGUUUUGGGCCUGGAUGGCUCUGGGUUUUAGUUUGGCAGUAUAUGGGGCCAGCUACCACUCUAUGAGCUCGAUGGCACGGGCAGCCUUCUCUGAGGAUGGGGCCCUGAUAGAUGGUGGAAUGGACCUCAACAUGGAGCAGGGCAUGGCAGAGCACCUUAAGGAUGUGAUCCUACUGACAGCCAUCGUGCAGGUGCUCAGCUGCUUCUCCCUCUAUAUCUGGUCCUUCUGGCUUCUGGCUCCAGGUCGCGCCCUUUACCUGCUGUGGGUGAAUGUGCUGGGCCCUUGGUUCACAGCAGACAGUGGUGCCCCAGUGCCAGAGUACAAUGAGAAACGGCAGCGCCGACAGGAGCGGCGGCAGAUGAAGCGGUUAUAGCCACUGACGUUGUGGCCACAGGCUUCUGGGCCCUGGGUGGCACUGUCAGGCUGCAUGUCCCUCAUACCAGGAGCAAUGAGGGCCAAGUCAAGGGGCCAAAAGCUGUCUAAGGUAUAGACUGUUGAAUAAAUGGCUUAUAAUGUA